CUCGAAUUUAUGAAUUUGUUAGAAGAAGAAAAAAAUCUAAAUGGUAAAGUUAGACUUACUUAGACAUACUGUUUCACAUAACUCUGAAUUAAAGUCACAUUCUUUGACACACCCCAAACUGCCUUUUUUAUGAACUGAGGUUUCACCCUGCAAAAAUCCAGUUUUGUCACCAAUGACGGUCAUAAACGAAAAUCCAGUACCGGAUGAUAUUUCAGAUGGAGAAGAAACAUCGUUUAUGCAGAAAAUCUUUGCAUUACCAGUAGACCCAAAAAUUCAAGAGGCAAUUCCAGCAGAAAAACCAGAAGGCGGCGAAAAUGAGGAAGUAUACGAGAAUGAUUCAUCCACUGAAUUAUCUGAGAGCACCUUGGAUGAAGUAGAAGGCGGUGAAUGGGCUGAUGUUAGCAGGGGUCGUUAUUUUGGAGCAGAUCCCUCAGAAACUAUUCUCUGUCAUAAUUGUAAAGGUUUUGGACACAUUGCGAAAGAAUGUCCCCAUACAUUGUGUACUACAUGCGGUGCAAUCGAUGACCAUAUAUCUCCCCGUUGCCCGAGAACAAAACGAUGUAUUAAUUGUGGCUUAUUAGGCCACAUUGCUGUGCGCUGUCCUGAAUCGCGUAGAAAAGGACCAAGAAGAUGUCUAACGUGCAAUACUGAGUCCCAUACGAGCUGGACGUGCCCUUUGAUUUGGAGAUACUAUGUCGAAACAGAUACCGGUGUCCGAGUGAAUCCUGAUGAAGUAAAAAAGUAUUGCUACAACUGUGCGUCUGGGGAACAUUUUGGUGAUGAUUGCCAUCUUCCGUCUCGCUCUAAUUAUCCAGAAAGUACUGCCUUUUGCGAGGCAAAUUGUCCCACAGGGAAUGAUGUUUCUAAUUCAGUCUUUAACGAGAACCGAAAAACGGAAUUUGGAUCGAGAAAUCGUGAUUCUGGUAAAUCCAAAAAGAAUCAGAAAUACCCAAAACAGCGCCCUACAAGUGACCUUGGCUCGAGGAUUGAUCUAAGUGACAGACCGAAGCGGAAAUAUUUUCCUGCUGAUGACAAAAACGAAUUUUCAUUUCGUAACCAUGGUGGGAAGCCUCCGCAAAAGAAACAUAAAAAAUUUAAGAAAAAUAAAUGGUAAAUAAAAAACAUAAAGAAAAUUUUUUGGGACAUUCGAAAAUGGAGAUGGCAGACGGAAAUGGGCUUUAAUAUUAGACUGAAUGAAUUACUAGAUAAUUAUGUAUAUACAUUGCAUUGAUACGCUUAAAAUAUAAUGCGUUUACCAUUACUUUUUUUUCUGUUU